CUUCAACCUGACAAGAUAUACAUCUUGAAAAUGUUGAUAAAGGUGCUGGCCUAUAAGAUUAAAUCAUUUUUCCUUUAUAUUUUAUACAGACGUCAUAAAGGGUUAUGUAUUACACAUGGAUUCUUUUUAAAGGAUACAAAGGUCAAGAAAGCACAACAGGUGCAAAGGUUGAAAAGCACUCCUUCGUUGUCAGAGCAGGUGGAAUUUAGACUGAAAACACUGAACUCAGAAGAGACCGGCAAAAUGUUUAGGAUUUCCCUGGUAUUGGGUGUUUCGUUGCUGCUUGGUGCUGCAGCAAAGCCCUGGGAUAAGCGUACCGAAAAGGCCUUCCAGGAAACUUCAAUGUUCAAACAUGAUAAAGGUGAACCGUCCCAGAGGGUGGAGGUGGAGCCUCCUGAAGACAUGGAUAAGAUUCAUUACGAUGUCGCCCCGAGAAUGAGGAUAUGGAAAAGCGUGAGAGACGGUGAACUGGACAAACAGCCCGUGAGGCCAAAAGAAGGCUUGGAUGAGCUCCAUCUCACCUCAGUUUCUGAGAUCAACAUAGUUCAAAUCCAAAAAUUGGAUCCCCCCUCCAACAUUCCAAUAAAGGUUUUCCAGGGAGAUGCCAAAUUCAAACCUGUGGGGGAUGAAGAUGGUAUUGAUCGCCCUGUUUUUAGGGACGUUGUUGUGAAGAAACCUGAAGCUGACAUGGAUGAAAUCUACCACAAAAUGAAAAAUGAGGUGGCUGCCGGACACUUGGGUCCACUGGUGGCUAAAAACAACCUGGAUGCUGCAUCUCAUCGACCAGAGACAAAUGUGGACCAAAAUCAGAGAACAGUUCAUCUUGAGCCAGAAGAGGACAUGGAUGCUGUCUACCACAAAAAAACCUUCAUCCCAGCCCUUCAUCAAAAGAACACCAAACCUGCAGCUGCACCUGUACAUAUGCCAUCACAGAGAAGACACGCUGAGCCAGAGGAGGACAUGGAUGCUGUCUACCACAAAAAAACCUUCAUCCCAGCCCUUCAUCAAAAGAACACCAAACCUGCAGCUGCACCUGUACAUAUGCCAUCACAGAGAAGACACGCUGAGCCAGAGGAGGACAUGGACGCUGUCUACCACAGAAAAAACGUCUUCCCAGCCCUUCAUCAAGAGGACACCAAACCUGCAGCCGCAUCUGUCCAUAGAAGACACGCUGAGCCAGAGGAGGACAUGGAUGCUGUCUACCACAAAAAAACCUUCAUCCCAGCCCUUCAUCAAAAGAACACCAAACCUGCAGCUGCACCUGUACAUAUGCCAUCACAGAGAAGACACACUGAGCCAGAGGAGGACAUGGACGCUGUCUACCACCGAAAAACCUUCAUCCCAGCCCUUCAUCAAGAGGACACCAAACCUGCUGCCGCAUCUGUCCAUAGAAGACACUCUGAGCCAGAGGAGGACAUGGACGCCAUCUACCACCGCUAAUUUUGCAAAGACUCAGGAAGAUCCAAAUUUAUUCAUGGAAAUAACACAGUUACCCUAAACACAUGGGUAACUGUUCUGCUCAUUUGAUUUCUUGUUAAUAAAGUUUAUUUAAUAACAAUC